AAACACAUUCGCGACAACACCGUCUCAGCACCAUGGAGCCCUUAACUCAGAGCGAUAUACUCGAUAUCGACCCAGUCCCCGCGCACAUCCAAGCCUUCCGAGCCUCCCUGAAAGCGAUCGAGGAUGACGCCGACAAACUGAAGGCAUGCGUAGCUAUGCGAGAUGAGCUCCUCGAGCAACAAACAGCGUUGGAGUGGCUUUUUGCAUGUGCGGAAGGGGUAAUGGUGGAUGAAUGUCCGCAUUACAGGGAGAAAAGGCGCGUUUGGUCGAGGAAACUUGAUGUCGAUGCCGACACUCAAGCCGAAGCCGAAGUGAAACAGUGGGGGCGUUUCAUUGAUAUAGCCAAGUCUGGAAUCAAGAUGAAAGAGCAGUGUCUUGCUCCUCUCACCAAGACGAGCGGGUACUGGGGCAUUGAAAAGGUUCGACACUACCAAUGGGCGUCAAUGGGCUUGAAAUUCUGCAAGGUGCUAGGCACCGCUGCUUCUCGGAUCCCUGAUUGGAAAGAGGCUUCAGUUAAGUUGAAUCAGUUGUUGUUGAGCCGGAUCGCCGAAGGACGGUCCCUUAGAGAGUCCCCAAAUCCUAUCAACUUGAUCGACUUGGAGCACCUCAAGACCUGGUCUGAGAAGAACGACUAUGAGAAGAAGGGUCGAAAGACAUGCAUCCUCAAAUACCACCCAUUCACCAACUCUGCCUUGCCCGCUGGAUAUGCAUUCGAUCAGUAUGGACUGAUCGUGCUGGCAGAAGUCGCAGGUCAACUCCAGCCAGCUGCACACGCCAAUGCUCAGAGCGCAAAAGGAUGUGCAGCUUCUGCUGCAAUCGUAACCUCCCCUCUGAGUGUCGUCAUCGAUACCUCAUUGUCCUCACCCUCGCCUACAUCUUCUGAGACUCAAAAAUCUGCUCAUAGCUCCUUUAGUUCCCCACUUUCGUCGCUAGGAAGCACACCAGCACACUCACCAACCUCCGAUACCUUUGCCUCAUCCUGCGUUCCUACAGUGUUAUCAUAUCCAUUCCAGGCAUCCGCAAAAAACAAUGCCAGAGUCGAGCCCGAUGCAGUCAGAGCUUCGUCGCGGACUUCGAAUAGGCUUCGUUCCUGCCCUAAGCUAUCCUACACGCCGACAGCUUUGUGGAUGGGCAGUACUAGGUCAAGUACACGAUGCCAAUCAGCUCGACCGAAGACGACCACAGAAUCCUCUUGGUCUGGGCCUGAGCCGACGACUAGUUGCUCCUGUUCUGACAAAGUAGCCCCCAACUUCCUCUCUGUCAUGGAGCGUAAACAGAAGACUAACACUACAGAAGACCUGGAGAUGCUCAUGAAGUACGAGGCCCAGCAAGAGUUACUCUGUCUGAAGCACCUUAAGAUGUACGCUAAGUGGGCAACAACAUGUAUGCUAUGCCAUCAGAAGUCCGAGGAUACUGUGUCCAUGCAAACCCCAAAACGUCCAACAUCCAAUCUACUCGAUCCGCUGCCGUUCGUUGCCGCCAAACGGCGUCGUCUAUCGCUGCCUGAAGCAGGCUCUGGGUUUGAUCGACUCUCCGAAGACGCUGUGCAAAACCCAGGAAUCUUCUUUUUUCCUGUUGCAGAAGAGAACAGGGACCGGCGCCCAGUGUACGAUGCUAAAGGCGACGCUCGUUUCCGACAACAGGUAAUGGCACAACUAGAAAGGAAGCUGAUGCCAAACAAAUCCCCAAAAACCUGGGGAGAGCUAAACAUCCAGGUUAUGUAUUCUCUUCUAAGCCGAGCCAGUCAGCCAACAACGAUUGCAGAUGAGAGCGAAGAGGUGUACUACAUGACUGGUGAAGAAGCAAAGAGUCGACUUGAAUCACAUAUCGCUCUUCAUGGGCCGAUGAUCACUGAGAAUCAGCAGCAAUUCAGGUGGGAUCACCGGAAAGGCCGGCCCAUCGAGCAACUCUUCCGAAGGAUGGGGAAUCCUACUCGGAGCGUAUCAGUUCAGAAGCCGUCGCUGAGCUUGCAGCAACCGUCGUUCGAAUCGAUGCGGCUUGGCGACGUUCAGGCGGUGUUUGCAGAGAACGUAACGAGCGACGAUCCUCUCAACGUGCUUGAUCUACGGAACCCGCUCCCACGUUCUGUAUUGCCCUCCUUCCUCACCGGCGAGGACUGCCAGUUGCUCAGUCGCGUCCGCGAUGUGCUUCUUGAAGGAGCCUCUGCAGAAAGAUGUACUGCACCAAUUGCUGAAUGGAACAAGUGGAAAGAUGAUGAGGACUGGGUGCUGCUUGCCCAAGGUGGUGCCUGUACAUUGACUCAUCAGGACAGCUGUGGAAAGGCCACGUGGCUGACAGUACAAGAAGGGCAGCUCGGGUUCGGCUGGAUGUCACAUCCAUCAAAAGAAGAGACUCGCAGCUGGAGCGCUGAUCCAAACGGGUUCACUGGAGGACAGCUAAGAUACGUGGUUCUGCGUCCUGGCCAGACGAUCUACUUUGAGGCGGGCACGGUCCACUUCGUGUUCAGGCUAGAGCAGUAUCAGACAUUGCUAGUGGGCGGUCACGUCUUGCGGUGGUCACGCAUAGACUCAUGGAUUGAGAUUGUGCUCAACCAGCUGAGAUUCCCUGAUUCCACCAAUGAAGACCUGCUACCAUCGGCGUCAGCUUACGUUGAAGCAGUCGCACAGCUUGUCUCAGAGCAGCAAAGUCUCGGUAGUUCUGACGAGCUUGGCGGAGAAAAGGCUAUUGCUAGGUUUCUUGAUGUGAAGAAGCAAUUUGAGCAGCAACUGGCAGAGGCUGCCUAACGAGGUGCAAUGCACCUUAACGAUACUCGAACACUCUCGAAAGAUUUAGCAUUAGCGGGCCGACUGUAUACACAGUCGUUAGCGAUCUUGGUACGCCUUAUUUAUACCUGCUCAUAAAAUAACGAAGUAUAGAAAUGCCGCCUAUUCAAUGUAGCCAGCAUUCCACAUCAUUUCAGCACUCAAAGCUGACA